UAGUAAAUUCCGAACAAAGAUUAAUAACCGUCGCCAAGCAAAGAGGAGAAGCCGUCACGCCGCCGUAGCUUCUAGCUAUGUCAGAUUCCGGUGGUGGAGCGGAGGCUCGCGCCCGUUCCAAACAGUAUGAGUAUGGAGCCAACUCCAGUCUUAUCCUCACUUCCGAGUCUCGCCACCCUCGUGACGCCCAGGAGCCCUCCGGCGAGCCCGAGUCCCUUCGAGGCAAAAUAGAUCCCAGAACCUUUGGUGAUCGUGUCUUCCGGGAUGAAGAGUCGAAGAAGAAGGAGCGAGAAUCGCUAGCUUCUGAAGCGAAUUCCGGGAGGGAGAGUAAGAAGAGGAGGAUUGUUCACGAGGAAAGUGUUUUUACUUUGAUUGACGAGGGUGUUUAUCAACCUAAAAGUAGAGAAACCAGGGCGGCCUAUGAGGCCAUGCUCAGUUUUAUUCAGCAACAGUUAGGUGGGCAGCCUGUUAAUGUUGUUAGGGGCGCUGCAGAUGAGAUUUUAGCUGUUCUUAAGAAUGAUAAUCUCAAGAACCAUGAUAAGAAGAAGGAGAUGGAGAAGUUCUUGAGUAAUCCUAUCCCCAACCAAGUGUUUGAUCAUGUCGUGUCUAUCGGGCGGCUCAUUACUGAUUACCGAGAUGCUGCUGCGGGAGGGGAUGAUGGUCUUGAUGAUGAUGAUGUUGGAGUUGCGGUUGAAUUUGAGGAGAAUGAAGAAGUGGAUAAUGGAUGUGUGUAUGAUUUGGUGCAGGAGGAUGAAGAGGAGGAAGAUGAUGGAGUCUACGUGAAUAAUUGCACCAAUGGUGCUGGUGCAAUGUGGAUGGGUCGUGGGAUUGAUGAUGAUGAUGACGAGAUGCAGGAUGCUAGGGAUGAGGAGAUGGCCUUGAAUGUUAGGGACAUUGAUGCCUAUUGGCUUCAGAGGAAGAUUUCAGAGGCUUAUGGGGACCAGAUUGAUGCCCAGCAGAGCCAGAAGCUUGCUGAGGAGAUCCUCGAGAUUCUUACUGAAGGUAAUGACUGUGAUGUUGAACUUAAACUUUUGUUGCAUAUGCAGUUUGAUAAGUUCAGUCUCGUCAAGUUUAUGUUGCAGAACCGGCUGAAGAUAGUUUGGUGCACUCGUUUGGCAAGGGCUGAAGGCAAAGAGGAUAGGAAGAAAAUUGAGGUGGAGAUGGUAGCGCAGGGGCCAGAUCAUGCUGCAAUUCUGGAACAGUUGCACAGCAUCCGGUCCAGGGCUACUGCAAAAGAGAGGCAGAAGAACCUGAAGAAGAGCAUUAGAGAUGAAGCACUCCGAUUGAAGGAUAAGAAAGGACGAGGAGAUGGGCAACGUGAAAGAAUGGUGUUAGCCGAUAGAGAAGCUGAUGGUGGUUGGCUGUCAGGGGAACGUCAGUUAAUUGAUCUUGACAGCCUUGCUUUCCACCAGGGAGGUCUUUUUAUGGCAAAUAAGAGGUGUGAGCUUCCAGGAGGUUCUUUCAGGAAUCAAAAGAAGGGAUAUGAAGAAAUUCAUGUACCAGCCUUGAAGCCGAAGCCAUUAGCACCUGGUGAAGAACUAAUAAAGAUCUCUUCCAUGCCUGCCUGGGCGCAGCCGGCUUUCAAAGGAAUGGCGCAGUUAAACAGGGUUCAAAGUAAAGUUUAUGAAACUGCCCUUUUUAGUGCAGAUAAUAUUCUUUUAUGUGCUCCCACUGGUGCAGGGAAGACCAAUGUUGCUAUGCUCACCAUCCUUCAGCAGAUUGCUUUGAAUAGAAAUCAAGAUGGUUCUUUUAACCACAGCAAUUACAAAAUUGUCUAUGUUGCUCCAAUGAAGGCAUUAGUUGCUGAAGUGGUCGGUAACCUCUCCAAUCGUCUCCAGGAUUAUGAUGUCAAGGUGAAAGAGCUGAGCGGAGACCAGACACUGACGCGUCAACAGAUUGAAGAGACUCAGAUCAUUGUUACAACACCCGAGAAGUGGGAUAUAAUAACCAGGAAAUCAGGUGACCGCACCUACACCCAGCUUGUGAAACUGCUAAUCAUUGAUGAGAUACAUCUGUUGCAUGAUAACCGAGGUCCUGUACUGGAGAGUAUUGUUGCAAGAAGUGUUAGACAGAUUGAGACCACCAAAGAGCACAUAAGGUUGGUGGGCUUGUCAGCAACACUUCCAAACUAUGAAGAUAUAGCUUUGUUCUUGCGCGUUGAUGCUAAGAAAGGUCUCUUUCACUUUGACAAUAGCUAUAGACCCGUUUCUCUUGCGCAAGAGUAUGUAGGAAUCUCCGUAAAGAAGCCGCUGCAGAGAUUUCAGUUGAUGAAUGAUGUGUGCUAUGAGAAAGUAAUCAAUGUUGCAGGAAAGCAUCAGGUGCUUAUUUUCGUGCACUCCAGGAAAGACACUGCCAGGACAGCUCGUGCAAUACGUGAUGCUGCACUUGCUAAUGAUACUCUUGCUAAAUUCUUAAAAGAGGACAGUGCAAGCCGUGAAAUUCUUCAGAGUCACACGGAGCUUGUCAAGAGCAAUGAUCUCAAGGACUUACUACCUUAUGGUUUUGCAAUUCAUCAUGCUGGUAUGGUCAGAGCUGAUCGUCAAAUUGUCGAGGAUCUUUUUUCUGGUGGGCAUGCACAAGUGUUGGUUUCCACGGCUACUCUAGCGUGGGGUGUCAAUUUACCAGCUCAUACUGUGAUUAUCAAAGGUACCGAGAUAUACAAUCCUGAAAAGGGAGCGUGGACUGAACUAAGCCCCCUUGAUGUUAUGCAGAUGCUUGGCCGUGCCGGAAGGCCUCAAUUUGACACUUUUGGGGAAGGAAUUAUUAUAACCCGACAUAGCGAGCUACAGUAUUAUCUGUCUUUGAUGAAUCAGCAGCUUCCCAUUGAAAGCCAGUUUCUGUCGAAGUUAGCUGAUCAGUUGAAUGCAGAAAUUGUCCUUGGAAGCGUUCAGAAUGCUAAAGAAGCUUGCACUUGGCUCGCUUAUACUUAUCUUAAUCUUCGCAUGCUUCGGAAUCCUAGCCUUUAUGGUUUAGCUGCUGAUGAUGCCCUUGCUGUUGAUAAUAUGUUGGAAGAAAGGAGAGCUGAUCUGGUACAUUCAGCCGCAACACUAUUGCACAAGAAUAACCUAGUGAAAUAUGACAGGAAAAGUGGAUAUUUCCAGGUCACUGACUUGGGACGCAUUGCCAGCAAUUACUACAUAACUCAUGGAACAAUUUCUACAUACAAUGAGCACUUGAAGCCAACUAUGGGGGACAUUGAGCUUUGUCGUCUGUUUGGCCUUAGUGAAGAAUUUAGGUAUGUGACAGUGAGACAAGAUGAGAAGGUUGAAUUGGGAAAGCUUCUGGACCGUGUCCCUAUUCCUAUCAAAGAGAGUAUUGAGGAGCCUAGUGCCAAGAUUAAUGUUCUUCUUCAGGCAUACAUUUCGCAACUGAAGCUUGAAGGUCUCUCUUUGGCAUCUGAAAUGGUGUUUAUUACCCAGAGUGCUGGGCGUCUUAUGAGAGCAUUGUUUGAGAUUGUUCUAAAGAGAGGAUGGGCCAAAUUAACAGAGAAGGCAUUGAAGUGGUGCAAAAUGAUUGACAAGAGAAUGUGGAGUGUCCAGACACCACUCCGUCAAUUUCAUGGGAUUCCAAAUGAAAUUUUGAUGAAGUUGGAGAAGAAAGAUCUGGCUUGGGAAAGAUACUACGACCUCUCCUCACAGGAGAUAGGAGAACUCAUCCGUUUUCCUAAGAUGGGGAGAACUCUCCACAAGUUGAUUCAUCAAUUCCCAAAGCUUAACUUGGCGGCUCAUGUCCAACCAAUCACUCACUCAGUUUUGAAGGUUGAGCUCACCAUUACACCUGAUUUCCAAUGGGACGACAAAGUACAUGGAUUUGUGGAACCAUUUUGGGUAAUUGUGGAGGAUAAUGACGGGGAAAAUAUUCUCCAUCAUGAAUAUUUCUUGCUAAAGAAACAACAUAUCGAUGAGGAUCAUACUUUGGAUUUCACAGUCUCAACGCAUGAACCACUGCCUCCCCAGUACUUCAUUCGCGUUGUGUCAGAUCGAUGGCUUGGGUCACAGACUGUCUUACCUGUUUCUUUCCGGCACCUGAUUCUGCCAGAUAAAUAUCCUCCUCCCACAGAGUUAUUAGACUUGCAACCCUUGCCUGUGAGAGCUCUAAGAAAUCCAUCUUAUGAAGCUCUAUAUCAAGAGUUUGAGCACUUUAAUCCUGUCCAAACUCAGGUUUUCACUAUCCUGUACCACUCGGAUGACAAUGUCUUAGUAGCUGCACCCACUGGUAGUGGAAAGACAAUAUGUGCAGAAUUUGCCAUAUUGAGAAAUCACCAAAAAGGUUCUGAAAGUAUCCUGCGUGCUGUGUACAUUGCUCCUAUUGAGGCUCUUGCUAAGGAGCGGUAUAAUGACUGGAAAAGGAAGUUUGGAGAUGGGCUAGGGAUGAAAGUGGUUGAAUUAACUGGUGAGAUAGCGACAGAUAUCAAACUGCUUGAAAGAGGUCAUAUAAUUAUUAGCACUCCAGAGAAAUGGGAUGCUGUAUCUCGCCGUUGGAAACAGAGGAAGCAUGUUCAGCAAGUUAGUCUUUUCAUUGUUGAUGAACUCCAUCUGAUUGGGGGCCGGGGUGGGCCUAUUUUGGAGGUUAUAGUUUCUAGAAUGAGAUAUAUUGCAAGUCAGCUUGAGAACAAGAUCAGGAUUGUAGCUUUAUCAACUUCUCUUGCUAAUGCCAAAGAUUUGGGAGAAUGGAUUGGAGCGAACUCUCAUGGUCUUUUCAACUUUCCUCCCGGUGUGCGACCUGUACCCUUGGACAUACAUGUUCAGGGCAUUGAUGCUGCUAAUUUUGAAGCCAGGAUGCAGGCCAUGACAAAACUCACUUAUACUGCUAUUGUCAAACACGCCAAGAAAGGGAAACCUGCAAUUGUGUUUGUUCCUGCCAGGAAGCAUGCCCGCUUGACUGCUGUGGAUCUGAUGACUUAUGCAAGUGUGGACCCCGACAAAAUAAUGUUCCUUUUACAGUCUGCAGGAGAUUUGGAACCUUUCAUUGAUAGAAUUAAAGAACCUACAUUGAAAGAGACGCUUCGGUAUGGUGUGGGUUAUUUGCAGGAGGGCUUAACUGGUACUGAUCAAGAUAUAGUCAAGACUCUGUUUGAAACUGGAGGGAUUCAAGUGUGUGUUAUGAGUAGUUCAAUGUCUUGGGGAGUGGCCUUGUCUGCACAUCUAGUGGUGAUUAUGGGCACUCGACAUUAUGAUGGCAGAGAAAAUGCUCAUAGAGACUACCCUGUUACUGAUUUGCUGCAGAUGAUGGGUCAUGCCAACCGACCUCUUGUUGAUAACUUGGGGAAAUGUGUAAUCUUCUGUCAUGCGCCACGUAAGGAGUACUACAAGAAGUUCUUAUACGAAGCAUUCCCAGUUGAAAGCCAUUUGCAUCAUUAUCUGCAUGACAAUUUGAAUGCUGAGGUGGUUGUCAAGGCCAUACAAAACAAGCAGGACGCUGUGGAUUAUCUAACAUGGACAUUCAUGUAUAGGAGGCUCACCCAGAAUCCAAACUACUAUAAUUUGCAGGGUGUUAAUCACAGACAUUUAUCUGAUCACCUGUCAGAGCUUGUUGAAAACACAAUAAGUGAUCUUGAAGCAAGUAAAUGUGUUCUUGUUGAAGAUGAUUUCUUACUUUCACCUUUAAAUCUUGGCAGGAUAGCAUCGUACUACUAUGUGAGUUACAGCACAAUUGAACGUUUUAGUUCUUCUUUGAACUCCAAAACCAAAUUGAAGGGUUUACUGGAUAUCUUGGCUUCAGCUUCAGAGUAUGAACAACUUCCAGUUAGACCAGGUGAAGAAGAGCUGAUUAGGAGGUUGAUUAAUCACCAACGUUUCUCAUUUGAUAACUCAGAAUGUACUGAUCCUCAGGUCAAAGCUGAUGCUUUGCUGCAAGCUCACUUCUCUCGGCAACUUUUAGGUGGAAAUUUGGCAUCUGACCAGCAAGAGGUGCUUAUAUUUGCUCCAAGGUUGCUCCAAGCCAUGGUUGAUGUUAUUUCCAGCAAUGGUUGGCUUACUCUUGCCCUUCUCGCGAUGGAAGUGAGUCAGAUGGUAACUCAGGGCAUGUGGGAGCGCGAUUCCGUGCUCCUGCAACUCCCACAUUUUACUAAGGAAUUGGCACAAAAGUGCCAAGAGAACCCUGGAAAGAGUAUAGAGACAGUUUUUGAUUUGGUGGAGAUGGAGGACGAUGAAAGGCGCGAGCUUUUGCAAAUGUCCGAGUCGCAGUUGUUGGAUAUUGCACGAUUCUGUAACCGUUUCCCUAACAUUGAUUUAGCAUAUGAUGUUCCUGACAGGGAUAAUGUGAGGGCUGGAGAAAACAUUAAGGUGCAUGUAACUCUGGAAAGAGAUCUUGAGGGGAGAUCAGAAAUUGGACCUGUUGAUGCUCCUAGAUAUCCCCAAGUUAAGGAAGAAGGAUGGUGGCUUGUGGUUGGUGACCCUAAAACUGACCAAUUGCUUGCCAUUAAGACGGUUACCUUUCAGAGGAAGUCCACAGUCAGACUCGAUUUUGAUGCUCCUGCUGAAGCUGGAAGAAGGAAUUACAUGCUAUAUUUCAUGAGUGACUCCUAUUUGGGAUGUGACCAGGAAUAUAGUUUUAUCAUUGAUGUGAAAGAGGCAGCAACUCAAGAAGAUAGCGGAAGAGAAUGACCAUCUGAUCUUGUAUUGACAUGUAGUAUGAUUUGCUAAAUUGUAAGUCAGAUCGUUUUUCCAUUCAUUUUGCUCAAUCUUUACAUUUUGUUGACUUUGAAUUGCUUGGGAAAUAAAUGCUGAUUUUGAACUA